AUGGCCGCGCCGGGCAGCAGGGCCGAGCCCGAGUUCUUGUGCAGCUACGAGGUGUCGCGGCCGGUCUACAGCGAGCUCGCCUUCCAGCAGCGGCACGAGCGGCGUCUGCAGGAGCGCAGGACGCUGCGGGAGAGCCUGGCCCGGAGCUGCAGUUGUUCAAGAAAGAGAGCCCUUGGUGUGCUGAAAACUCUUCUGCCCAUCCUAGACUGGCUUCCCAAAUACCGAAUCAAGGAAUGGCUGCUUAAUGACAUCAUUUCAGGAGUCAGUACUGGGCUAGUGGGGACACUGCAAGGGAUGGCGUAUGCUCUACUGGCUGCAGUUCCUGUUGGAUAUGGUCUCUACUCUGCCUUCUUCCCUAUCUUGACAUACUUUGUCUUUGGAACCUCAAGACACAUCUCAGUUGGACCUUUCCCUGUGGUCAGUUUAAUGGUGGGAUCUGUGGUUCUGAGUAUGGCCCCGGAUAACCACUUUCCCAUGCUCAGUGGGAAUGCAAGUGCUUUGAAUACGACUGUGGUAGACACUGUGACCAGAGAUGCAACAAGAGUAUUAAUUGCAAGCACCCUCACUGUUUUGGUUGGAAUUAUACAGCUGGUAUUUGGAGGUUUGCAGAUCGGAUUCAUAGUGAGGUACUUGGCAGAUCCUUUGGUUGGAGGGUUCACAACCGCAGCUGCCUUCCAAGUGCUGGUAUCUCAGCUGAAGAUCGUCCUCAACGUUUCAACCCAAAACUACAAUGGCGUUCUCUCCAUUAUCUAUACUCUGAUUGAGAUUUUUCAAAAUAUUGGUGAUACCAAUCUUGCCGAUUUCAUUGCUGGAUUGCUUACCAUCAUCACCUGUAUGGCUGUUAAGGAAUUAAAUGAUCGAUUUAAACACAGAAUCCCGGUGCCUAUUCCUAUAGAAGUCAUUGUGACAAUAAUUGCUACUGCCAUUUCAUAUGGAGCCAACUUGGAAAAAAAUUACAAUGCUGGCAUUGUCAAGUCCAUCCCAAGUGGGUUUUUGCCUCCUGUACUUCCGUCUGUGGACAUGUUUUCUCAAAUGCUGGCCGCAUCGUUCUCCAUUGCUGUGGUGGCUUAUGCUAUUGCGGUGUCUGUAGGAAAGGUGUACGCCACCAAGCAUGGUUAUGCCAUCGAUGGAAACCAGGAAUUCAUUGCCUUUGGGAUCAGCAACAUCUUCUCGGGAUUCUUCUCUUGCUUCGUGGCCACCACGGCGCUCUCUCGAACAGCCGUCCAGGAGAGCACUGGCGGAAAGACACAGGUUGCUGGCAUCAUCUCAGCUGGGAUUGUAAUGAUCGCCAUUGUGGCCUUGGGGAAGCUUCUGGAACCCUUGCAGAAGUCAGUCUUGGCAGCGGUUGUAAUUGCCAACCUGAAAGGGAUGUUUAUGCAGGUGUGUGAUGUUCCUCGUCUAUGGAAACAGAAUAAAACAGAUGCUAUUAUCUGGGUGUUUACAUGUGUAAUGUCCAUCAUCCUGGGACUGGAUCUGGGUUUACUGGCCGGCCUUUUAUUUGGACUAUUGACUGUGGUCCUGAGAGUUCAGUUUCCUUCAUGGAAUGGCCUCGGAAGUAUCCCUAGAACAGACAUCUACAAAAGUCUGACAAACUAUAAAAACCUUGAAGAACCGGAAGGAGUGAAGGUUCUUAGAUUUUCUAGUCCCAUUUUUUAUGGCAAUGUUGAUGGUUUUAAAAAAUGUGUCAAGUCCACAGUUGGAUUUGAUGCCAUGAGGGUGUAUAAUAAGAGGCUGAAAGCACUGAGGAGGAUACAGAAACUCAUCAAAAAAGGACAAUUAAGAGCCACAAAGAAUGGCAUCAUAAGUGAUGUUGGCUCAUCCAAUGAUGCUUUUGAGCCCGAUGAAGACAUUGAGGAUCCGGAAGAACUCGAUAUCCCAACCAAGGAAAUUGAGAUUCAAGUGGACUGGAACUCUGAGCUCCCAGUCAAAGUGAAUGUUCCCAAAGUGCCGAUCCACAGCCUGGUGCUUGACUGUGGGGCCGUGUCCUUCCUGGAUGUCGUGGGAGUGAGGUCCUUACGAAUGAUUGUCAAAGAAUUUCAAAGAAUUGAUGUGAAUGUAUACUUUGCAUUGCUUCAAGAUCAUGUGAUAGAUAAGAUGGAGCAGUGUGGUUUCUUCGAUGACCACAUUCGAAAGGACAAAUUCUUCUUGACUGUUCAUGAUGCUAUACUCUAUCUACAGAGCCAAGCUAAAUCCCAAGAGGGACAAGAUUCCCUUCUAGAAAGAAUCACCCUCAUUCAAGACUGUAAAGAUCCUCUUGAAUUAAUGGAAACAGAGCUGACCGAGGAAGAACUUGAUGUCCAAGAUGAGGCGAUGCGCAGACUUGCUUCCUGAAAGCCACUCAGGAGGUCGCUGUCAGCAAGGACCGCAAGACAACAUUAAUCCACCAAUGCCAGGCCAUGCCAAUAUUUUCUGCACUGACCAUUUCUUAGCACUUAAAACAGUCAUUUUUUUCCUGCAAUGUUUGUUAACUCUAAGGCUUUGUUGUUGUUUUGGUUUUGGUUUUUCAAGGUAGGGUUUCACUCUGGUCCAGGCUGACC